AUGGCUGAAGCAAAUUUGAUCGGUGAAAUUCCUGAACCAAUUGGCAAUAUGAUCGCGCUUGAGAUGCUGGAUUUAUUAAGUAAUGGUUUGACCGGAAAAAUUCCUAACGGUAUUUUCAUGUUGAAGAAUUUAAGUAGAUUAUUUCUUUAUAGAAACGUGUUGUCGGCAGAGAUUCCACAGGUUGUUCAAUCACUGAACCUGACAGUCAUGGAUCUCUCACAGAACAGUUUGAGUGGGACAAUACCAAAUGAUUUCGAGAAGCUUGAAAACUUCGAAGGAUUGAUUUUGAUGUACAAUCAAUUAUCAGGCGAAAUUCCAGAAAUUAUUGGGAGGAUUUCGAGUUUGAUAGAUGUCAGAUUGCUUAACAAUCAAUUAGCAGGUGCUCUUCCUCCAGACUUUGGUCGAUAUUCAACACUUACAGGUUUCCAGGUUGCUUCCAAUAACCUUAUAGGCAAGCUGCCUGAAUACUUAUAUAUUGGAGAAAAUGAUAUUUGGUCAAAACUGACAGAAAAUAAUGUCACUGGAAGUGGUGGUUCUGGAAAAGUGUAUCAUGUUCCUGUAAAUAAUUCUGGUGAUGUUGUUGCCAUGAAAAUGAUUGGUAAUAACUCAAAAUUAGAGCAAGAACAAGAGAAACAAUUUUUAGCAGAAGUUCAAACAUCAGGUAGAAUUAGGCAUUUUAACAUAGUAAAGUUGCUUUGCUACAUUUCCAAUGAGAAUUUGAAACUUUUGGUUUACGACUAUCUGGAGAAUCGUAACUUGGAUAUGUGGCUGCAUAAGAGGAAUCGACCAUCCAUUCUCGCUGGCUUUGGCUCUAGCUAUGGCUCAGUCGAUGAUUUUGCCUUAGAUUGGCCCAAGAGGAUGCAGACUGCAGUGGGGGCUGCCAAGGGACUCGACUACAUGCAUCAUGACUGCUCCCCGCCCAUUGUCCAUCGGGAUGUGAAAUCAAGCAAUAUCCAGUUAGAUUCAGAGUUCAAUGUGAAAAUAGCAGAUUUUGGUCCAGCUAAAAGCCUGGUCAAGUAG